CUUGAAGGCAUCAUAAGACCGGGUGCACACAUCACCACAGGCGGUGACUUCAACAACUCCGCUAAACUUAAACAUAGACGGUAACUGAAGCAGCCGGGGAAGUAGGGAAAGUUGAGAGCAUUUUUGGUUUAUAACGGUCAUCGGUGGAGAUUACAUGGCAUCAUUUAGUUAAAUAGGUUGUUUAACCACGGGUAAAUGCUGCUUAGGUUACUCUAUCAUCAGAAUGACAAGUAAACAGACACAGUUUCGGGCUCUUGAAAAACCUCUGAGAUAGCUAGCUAGCUCGCUAGCUAGCUAACUUAGCUCAAAGCAAAAAAAACUAACUAGCGUUAAUCUAACUAACGUUAGUUUCCUUUAUUCGUUAUUCUGUGGUGGUUUACGGUCCCGCUGACGAUCAAUUAUCAUCGGGUUUAAUUAAACACAUCACAAGCUAAAAGGUCUGAACCAUAGACCGUUGACUUGAAUAAAUAUCCAGUCUAUGGUCUGAACUCAAGUCGAUGCCCAUAUGCUAUUUAACGUCAUGACAUUAACGUGGCUCAAGUAAAUAUAGAAUUGGCUUUCGCUGACUUUGAAUCAAAAGGAUUUCUACUUGAACAAAAAUAAAUACUGGACAUAACGCUAAACUUAACGUUACCUACAUCAAGGACCUGAAUGGCCUCCGUUGUUUCAGUGAAAACUGAGAAGAGACCUGCAGCUGAUUCUCAGGAUGCAGACUCAAAUGCAAAAAAGCCCAGGAAACUUCUGCCCAGCCUGAAGACUAAGCAAGCCCCCGAGCUAGUCUUGGUGAUUGGCACAGGGGUAAGCUCUGCAGUGGCCCCUCAAGUCCCCGCACUCCGUUCCUGGAAAGGUCUCAUCCAGGCCUUGCUUGAUGCAGCCAAUGACUUUGACCUACUAGAGGAGGAGGAGAGUCGGCGUUUCCAGAAGCACAUGCAGGAAGAUAAGAAUUUGGUUCACGUCGCCCAUGACCUCAUUCAGAAACUUUCCCCGAGAACUGGCAAUGUGCGCUCAACAUUCUUCAAGGACUGUCUAUACGAGGUGUUUGACAAUUUGGAGUGCAAGAUGGAGCAUGCCGGGAAACAUCUUCUGCGCUCAGUGCUGCAGUUAAUGGAAAGUGGUGCGCUGGUCCUCACUACUAACUUUGACAACUUGUUGGAGAUCUAUGCAGCUCACCAGGGCACCAAGCUGGAGUCGUUGGACCUGACGGAUGAGAAGAAGGUGUUGGAGUGGGCUCAGGAGAAGCGGAUGUUAAGUGUUCUGCAUAUCCAUGGUGUUUACACAAACCCCAGUGGUAUUGUACUGCACCCUGCAGGCUACCAGAAUGUACUGAGGAACACUGAAGUUAUGCGGGAGAUCCAGAAACUGUACGAGACCAAGUCUUUUGUGUUUCUGGGCUGCGGCCGCACAGUAGACGACACAACUUUCCAGGCUCUGUUCUUGGAGGCCGUCAAACACAAGUCGGACCUUGAACACUUCAUGCUCGUACGGCGAGAGGACGUGGGAGAGUUCAAGAAGCUGCGUGACAACAUGCUAGACAAGGGCAUCAAGGUCAUCUCCUAUGGAGACGAGUAUGCCGACCUACCAGAGUACUUUGAGAGGCUGGCCAACGAGAUCUGCAACCGUGAUGUUUCAACCAACGGCUGGGGGUCUCCUUCACGAAACGGGGAUGAACAGCAGAAUGGCUUUAACACACAGAAAAGCCUCCUUCAAGCCCAUCAUUCUUGACAGGCACACAGUCGGGAUCAUUAUCACUCAUUUUCCUUCACAGCUCCUUCGUGAGAUCAGUGUACUUUAGGAAGUACUAGAGUCUGAUUUCAGUCCAGAAAUUUAGGAUUGCAGGCAAACUAAGGGCCAUGGCCAACCUAAAAGCUGUUGACAGGGUGUCUGUGAUUUUCCUUUAUUAGUUCUGUUUUAUAAGGGAAAGGAAAAGCAAGUUAUCACCGCUGCCAGUACCCAAACUCUCAGUCCCACUGCACUGUAUUUCACCUUGACAUACCUGCCCGGGAAGAGAAGUUGUAUGUAAUCUUAACUGAAAGCAAUCUUGUGUUGAUAUGCAAGGUUUGUUAUGUCAUGCUCUACCCUAAAACCAGUAAAAACUUGAUUUGCACACUACUGGAUGGGGAAUUGGGAUGGGCAAUAAUACAUAUCUUCGUGAUGCAUGCUUACAUUAUGAUUCUGUCCUCAGAAGACAGCAGAGAGGCUCCCAGCCAGUAGCAAUCACUUUGCCAAUCCUGUGCUAAAAAUGUCAUUUGUAAGCCUUUUUUGUAUUUUUAAUACUUGCAUGUGUUUUCGGACGUAGUAUUUAUAAGUACUAUUUUCAAAUAAAGCAUUUGGUAUCUCA